UCUGCGACCGCCGGAUUCCUCCGUCAAAACCCUGACACCCUUACUCAAUCUACCGUGCAUCGCCGCCCCCUGCCUGAAAAAGCCAAGUGCUUUUGAAUAUCGUGUCUAUACUAGAUAUCACUCGUGCUAAGGAACGAAAAGUGAAGUUAAAGCAUUGAAUUUGGGAAAUAAAAUGACUUCAGAGAAUGAUCGGGACAACCUGGCUGAAUCACUUAAUGAUCUAUUCACCAAUGUUUCGAAGAUGGUUAAAGGCGAGCUUUAUGAAACUAACAAUCUACUUGAACUUUUGGAGAAAAUGAAUUCAAGAGUUGGUGAAGAAUAUAAAGGCUUUGGUGAUCUGGCUUCCGGUUUGAGAGUUUUUGUUGAGCAGCUCAAAUCCAAAAGCAGCAACUUUGACGAGUAUGUGCACCAGAUUGAUGCAAUAGAGCGGCAAGUAACUGAACUUGAAGUUGUCAUAUCCAUGCUUGAUAAGUAUGUUUCUUUGUUGGAAUCAAAAGUAGAGUCCGUAUACCAUGCUCCAUCUUCAUGACUACAUUGUUUAAUGCAUUUCUUGUUCUUUAAUUUUUUUUAUAGAUCAAAUUUUAUAACACUAUUUCGUCACACAUAGGCUACUUUUGAUGUAUGUGAUGGUAGCAAGCAAUUUGUGUCCUAGUUACUAUAUUAGAGGAUUUAGAGCUAUGUAUUUCCCUCCUUGAAUAUCCAAAAUGCUUACAAUGGAACUAUGUUUCAU